GGCUGCAGCCCACAAACCUGGGAUUCCUUGCUGGGGGGCGUCCUCUGGAGCCUCAGGGGUUCAUGUGUGAUGGCAAGAUGGCACAGGACGGAGAAGACUGGUGUAGCUAUAUACAAUUUCAAAGGCACAGGAAUACCUCAACUACCUCUUCAGAUUGGUGAUGUGGUCCAUAUCUUGGAGUCCUGUGAAGAUUGGUACAAGGGUUACCUGGUGAGAUACAAAGGAGCAGAGGGAAUAUUUCCUAAAUCCUUCAUCCACAUCAAGGAAGUUACUGCUGAAAAGAAAAGGCAUACAGAAAACAUAAUACCUUCUGAAAUUCCUCUAGUUCAAGAAGUUACCACUACUCUCUGGGAAUGGGGAAGCAUCUGGAAACAGCUCUAUGUGACAAACAAGAAGGACAGGUUCCAGCAGGUGCAGUCCAUGAUGUUUGACUUGAUGGAGUGGCGGUCACAGCUCCUGUCCGGGACUUUGCCGAAAGAUGAGCUCAAAGAACUCAAACAGAAAGUCACUUCCAAAAUUGACUAUGGUAACAGAAUCCUUGAGCUCGACCUAAUAGUCAGAGAUGAAGAUGGAAAUAUCUUGGAUCCAGACAAAACCAGUGUCAUCAGCCUCUUUCAUGCACAUGAAGAAGCCACCAAUAAAAUCACUGAGCGAAUCAAGGAGGAGAUGUCCAAGGAUCAGCCAGAUUAUGCUUCAUAUUCCCGAAUGUCUUCAUCCCCAACCCACAGCCUGUACGUGUUUGUGAGGAAUUUCGUUUGCCGCAUUGGAGAGGAUGCAGAACUCUUUAUGUCACUCUACGACCCACAGAAAUCAACUAUUAUAAGUGAGAAUUACUUGGUGAGAUGGGGGAGUCGAGGCUUUCCAAAGGAAAUUGAUAUGCUCAACAAUCUCAAAGUGGUGUUCACAGAUCUUGGAAAUAAAGACCUUAGCAGAGACAAAAUUUAUUUAGUUUGUCAAAUAGUCCGAGUUGGGAAGAUGGAUCUGAGGGACAGUAAUUCCAAGAAAUACACCCAAGGACUGCGGAGGCCUUUUGGGGUGGCAGUCAUGGAUAUUACAGAUAUCAUAAAAGGGAAAGCUGAAAGUGAUGAAGAGAAGCAGCACUUCAUUCCCUUUCACCCGGUAGUGGCAGAGAAUGACUUUUUACACAGUCUCCUAAGCAAAAUCACCGCUGCAAAAGGAGACAGUGGGGGACAAG